AUGUUGCAAGGUAUUGUGGCUAGGCACAGAGGUGCCGAAGGCAACACAAAGCUUGCGUGUUGCAAGGCAAUGUGGCUAGGCAGAUGGGUGCUGAAGGCAUCUUUCAUGCCGAUUGAUAGCUGGGUGCCCAAGGCAUCGCUCAAGCUAUAUGAUGAAGAUUGUAUGGGUGCCGAAGGGCACUGA